UUUCGUUCCUGUCACACGUUUUCUUAAAUUUCCAAGUAUGAGUUAUUAAAUUUACUCUGAAUAAUAAUAACUGCGAAGGAAACAUAUUUAGAAAUAUCAAAUUUGCAUUAACAAAACACGUAAAAAUCGAAUGAACAUGGACUCCGGGUCAUCUUCGUCAGGAAAGAGUUCUUCAAAUUUCAGCUCGAAAGAUGACGGCGGCGACUCGUUUAACAAUAACAAUGCCGUGACGAAAGUUUUGAGAAAUCCGUUGAUCCUCAACCUCAUCUUCGCCCGUCUCUCCGUCCCCGACUUGAAAUCGUCUCGUCUCGUGUGUCACGACUGGCUCGACAUUUCCACCGGUUUCUUAGCAAAGCGUACCUCCCUCCAUGUCAACAAGCUCUUCCGCUACGAUGAUUCGUCAAAGUUGGUCGACCUUGCCCCCGUCAACGAUAAACUAGUCCAGCGCAUCCGAUUUUGCAACAAUUUCCUGCCCUCAGUUCCAACCAACAAGACAAACGAGGUCAUAUCGGACGCAGUACGAAUGCUAAAUUUCGCCCGUGUCCGCCACAUUACCGUCUUCAUCACGAACAAUAACGUUGUGACGGGUUCGUCGGUGGUUAGAGCGUGUCAAAAACUCCCAAUCCUGCCAAAUUUGACCUCGCUUAAGUUCAAGGUUAACCCAUACGUUACCCAUGGAACGCUCCAGGUUUUAAAUGCUGCCCACCUCCUGAACCUCUUUGUCGACGCGGGACCCAACCUGACCUCUUUGAACGUAGCGGGAGCCCUCUAUCCGAAUUUGGGGGGUGUAAAAACCUCAAAGCUUUCACGACUCUAAAGGGCGUGACUACGUAAAACGUUUAGUCACGACUCUAAGGGGUGUGGCCACGUAAAACGUUCAGUAACGACUCUAAAGGUCGUGACCACGAAAAACGUCCAGUCACGACUCUAAAGGGGGUGACCACGGAAAACGUUAGGUCACGACUCUAAAGGGGGUGACCACGAAAACCGUUAAGUCGCGACUCUAAAGGGGAUGACCACGAAAAAGUUAGGUCACAACUCUAAAGGGGGUGACCACGAAAAACGUUCAGUCACGACUCUAAAGGUUGUGACCACGAAAAACGUUCAGUAACGACUCUAAAGGUUAAACCUUCGGUCACAACUCUAAAGUAUGGCAUUGUUCUAACGUUUUAAGAACGUUUAGGCACUUAAAGCAAAACCCCGCCCUCUAGCGCUGAAAAACAGCCAAUAUCCGAUAGGUGGCGCUGGUAGGUAAUUAAAAUUAGUAAGGCACAGGUAAAGUGUCCACGAUACCGUGGGGCACAGAGGUCACAGGUCAAGUAUAGUGGGUGUGCCCAGGUCACAGGUCAAGUGUCAACUACGUUAAGUGCCAAGUUUAGGGAUUGUAUGCAGGUCGCAGGUCAAAUGUCAAGUCCAGGGGGGUGUACCAAGGUAACAGGUCAAAUCCAGUGGGUGUGCCCAGGUCACAGGUCAAAUCUAGUGGGUGUGCCCAGGUCACAGGUCAAAUCUAGUGGGUGUGCCCAGGUCACAGGUCAAAUCUAGUGGGUGUGCCCAGGUCACAGGUCAAAUCUAGUGGGUGUGCCCAGGUCACAGGUCAAAUGUCAACUCUGGGGGUGUGCCCGUUCAUUUGAUCAAGUCUCGGGAGAUCUAAAGGGUGUGUUUCGUUGUUAUCGUGUUCGUCAACGUUUUAGCGAGCUUUAGCGAAAAACGCCCUCUAGAAACGAAAAAUGCAACAUAGUGCCCAAACUGCCGCUAGGUGACAUUAGCUUGGACCAUGUGAGACACGUGUGUAAUCAAGCGCCAAGUUCAACUGGUAACACACACACACACACACACACACACCACUGCACAAUUCUUGGUUCUGAUGUGUGCGCUCAUCAAAAGCCAAGCCUGAUCCAAUUGCAGCUGUGGUUAUUCGAUCUAGUGGUCGACAACGUUUUGGAAACGUUUGUAUACUUUCUGCGGACACGCCCUCUAGUGGCAAAAAAAGCAACCUUGUACCUGAAAGUUCCGCUAGGUAGCGUUGUCCUGCAAAUUUAAUAAAGAUGGGGCAGUAUGAUACACGUCAUCGAGUGAAAAGCUUUGAGAAAGUUUUGAGAACGGUUUGAGAACGUUUUGACACUUUCUGCGAAAAACGCCCUCUAGCGGCAAAAAGUGCAACAAAAAUGAAAAGGCCGCUUAGUCUACUUUGGGGUAAAACAAUAGUAAAAAAGCUCGGCCGAGUGCAGAAAAAACUCUGCAGAGUUCGAGCUCAGCAAAAAUUUGCCGAGUUUGCAGAGUACCGAGUCUAAACGAGUACUCGUUGUAACCCUAAACCUGACAAUUUUUAUUUUUUUAAUUUGUUUCCAAAUUUAUCAUUUAGAACAUGGAAAGAAAGGUGGUAAAAGUCAAAGACAUGGACAAUCUUCGAUACGCUGUUAAACGACUGUUAGAAGAGGUGGAAGAUUUGCAAAAAAAGACGGCAAAUGUGCAAAGGCUUUGUAGUUUCUCCCUUCACGGCAAGCGACUCAUAUUGUACUCCAUCGCUAUCUUGGUAUGCAUUUAUUUGUAUCUGCAUAAAUUAGAAUACUUUUGUUACAUGUAAAUACAUCAUGUAUUUAUUAUGCAUGAGUCCAACAAUUUUCAUUGAGGGCUUUCACGUCACCUUUGUAACCCUAGUAAAUAGCGUAAAUUUACGAAAUUUUUAAAUUUAGUAAUUUACUCAUGAAAAUGCUGUCCUUACACAGCAUCAUAAACACACGUAAGAUUGGUGCGUCUUUUUCUGUCGUAAAAAUAUUUCUAAAUAGUUGACGAGUAGUUUUUUAAGAACAGCUACAUAAACACGAAGGCCAUGAAAACCCUUAUUGCUUUACUUAAUUCGCAGUAACGCAUAACAAUUUUGUAAUACGUACUUGCCAAGCAAACGAAGAAUUAGGAUAAUUAUCAUGCCGCAUAAUUUUAUAAAUUCUUGUUAAACUGAAAAUUCAAUUAAAAUAAUUUUAAAAAAGCUUGCUUAGGCGAGGCGCUGCUAAAAGUGAAAAACAAGGCCUCUGGCAUAUCUUUUAAAUAUCUCGUACCUUUAUCAUUGUAACAGGAGGCUUUGUCUCACCGCGAGGCCAAACAUUUUUACCGUUUACCAUACCACGACGUUUAUUACUUACACUUUCUGCUAAGAUAUUCAAUUAUUGCUAAUUAAAAUUGUAUCUAUAUGUAUAAACGCUUAAACAAACUUAUUGCUUCGAAAGGGUUGUAAAAUUGAGUGGAUUUUGUAAAAUUAUUAUGCAGAGGACCAAUAUGAUCAAUAAUAUUUAUUUAGCUCAUAAUUAAAUUCGAUAGUUAACCAGUAAUUCAGGUAGCUAAUAAAAUUUGAUGGAUGUGCACAAUUUUCAAUAGGUGUUAUGCAAAAAAUUAAGAUGCCGACGCACGAAUAACAACGCGAGGGUAUUUCCUAAUUUUAUUUACAUAUUAAAACAACUAGUUUUCAGUACGAACUAAAAAGUGAUAAAUGAUAAUUUUGACGUAAACCCAGAUUAGUUAGGUUCUUGAGAAUAUAUUCUUCAUUACUAGAGGCUUGGCGUAAAAUGUUUGGCCUCGCGGUGAUGCAAAGUCACCAACUCCUGUUACAAUGAUAAAGGUACGAG